GUAGAUAAUAUUUACAGUUUUUCAGAAUAUUUCUCUGAUCUAAAAUGUCCCUGUGGAUUGAUAAACAUCGUCCUAUUGAGUUGAAUAAACUUGAUUAUCACCAGGAUCAGGCUCAACAUCUAUCCAAGCUGGUCGAGGGUGGAGACUUCCCUCAUUUACUGGUCUAUGGACCACCCGGAGCUGGGAAAAAGACCCGUGUGAUGUGUUUACUGAACCAGCUGUAUGGACCUGGAGUUGACCGGCUCCGCCUAGAGCAUCAAUCCUUCUAUACUCCUAGCAAGAAGAAGAUUGAUAUCAAUACUAUAGCUUCAAACUAUCAUAUAGAGGUGAAUCCCAGUGAUGUCGGGAUCUACGACAGGAUUGUGAUCCAGGAGCUGAUCAAGACAGUUGCAUGCAUGGAGCAGCUAGAUACGUCCUGCCAGAAAGAGUUCAAAGUUGUUGUCCUGAGUGAGGUUGAUAAGCUCACCAAGGACGCGCAGCAUGCUCUCAGGAGGACCAUGGAAAAAUAUAUGGCAACAUGCAGGAUUAUUCUUGUUACCAACUCCACCAGUAAGGUUAUACCUGCAAUCCGGUCUAGAUGCUUAUCCGUCCGUGUUCCUGCUCCAACCCAUCAGGAGAUAGCAACUAUACUCACGACUAUUGCUAGUAAAGAGGAGUGUACCAUGCCUCCCAAGCUUGCUGUAAGAAUUGCGGAAAAGUCUGGAAGAAAUCUACGAAGAGCAAUUCUACUAGCAGAGGGUUGUAAGGUUCAGCAACCUCAGCUGAGCGUUGGACAGGAGAUACAGGAUCUAGAUUGGGAGAUGUAUCUCAGAGAAACAGCAAACCUGAUAGUUCAAGAACAGACACCCAGGAGACUUCUAGAGGUUCGGACAAGGUUAUACGAACUGCUAAGUCAUUGUAUCCCUGCUGAAAUUAUAUUUGUUGGAUUGCUCAAGGAACUGAUCAAGAACUGUGAUGGAGAACUGAAGAACGAGGUGACCCACUGGGCGGCUUUCUACGAGCACAGGAUGAAUAAGGGCAGCAAGCAGAUCUAUCACCUCGAGGCGUUUGUUGCGAAGUUUAUGUCAAUACAUCUCAAGUUUAUGGAGGAGGCGCUCGGAGGGUUCUAGAGAAGGGAAGAUAUGGAGAGCGGAGGAAGACAAAACCAGAUAUUUUUAUACUUUUAACUUUUCAGA